AUGGCGCUGGCCUUCGCCGCGGUGCCCCGGCUCCCUUGCGCGCACUAUGUUCCGCGUCGAGCGCCCCGCGCGCGCGUCGCGCCCUGGAGGCUCCGCGCCGUCGCCGAGGCCGAGGCGCCCAACCCCACCGAUGCGCCGACGCUUCCCUCCGCGGAUAGCGUCGACCUGGAUGGGCUGAAGAGGGAGUGCCGCCGGUUGUGCGACAGGGCGGUGAAGAAGGUGGGGAAGGCGACGACUCGCCUACGCGAGUCGCGCGAAGCCGUCGAGGCGCUGGAAGCCGAUCCGAACCCGAGCAUGGAGGCGCUGGAGGCGUGCCCCGACGUCGACGCGCUGGCGAAAGAUCUCGGCGACGAGAAGGAUCGACUCGCCGCGCUGAACCGACUCGCGGACGCGCUCGCGCCCAUCAAGUCGGUGAACAACCCAAAGUUCAUCGACGACGCGUACCCGCUCGCGGUCGAGCUCGGCGUGAACGACGCCCCGCCCCCGAGGCCCGCGCGUGUCAAGAAGCAGAAGCAGAAGCCGACCAACGCCGGACCCCGCAAGCCGUACUGGACCUUCGUCAGCGCCGACGGCGUCGACAUUCGCGUCGGUCGAACGAGCUCGGACAACGACGAGGUGAGCUGCAACCCCGAGUGCAGGGACAGCAAAGACUGGUGGAUGCACGCCGCGGGGUGCCCGGGGUCGCACGUGGUGAUUCGGUACACGGGCGACGACGGACCGCCAACGGAGACGGUGACGGAUGCGGCGCUUUUGGCCGCCAAACACAGCAAGUCCACGCAGACGGGCAAGGCGAAGGUGUCGAUGGUGCGGUGCAGGCAGGUGAGCAAGCCGCGAGGGGCGAAGCCGGGGCUGGUGCAGCUCAGCGGGGAGGUGAGAACGGUGACGGUGUGCGUCAAGGACGAGGCGGCGCGGUUGGAGAGACUCGCCGCGACCAAGAGCUAG